AUGGCAACUUUAAGUGAAUUAACAGCUCGGGUGGCCCAACGCAAACAGCGUCUGGAAGAAGAACAACAACGUUUCGAUCGAAAACUACACAUUCACGCUCAAAAUCAUGAUGGCAUCAGUGAACCAUCGGAACUAGAGUCCAGUCGACAGGCACCGCCCAAACCGAAACGACGUCAUCAUCGAUCAACAAAUAAUAAAAGUGCAUUCGAUGAUGAUAGUUCAUUGCACUUCAAUUACAGUGAAAAGCAAUCGGAUUCGACAGCAACAACUACUUCGACGAACACACCACGAGAAGCAAAUAGAUUUGUAAAGAAAUCAUCGAAUGUUCCUGUCUUGACAGAAAAAAUCAGUGUGACACGUUCACCACGAGACGUUUCUUCGCCACGAGUGCUAACAAAGCAAAGUGCGAGUAAAACUCUUCAAGCGCCAACCGCUGUAGCAUCUUCUGGUCUACUCGGUCAGUCGUCACUUCUUGCUCGUGCUACUCGUCGAACCCAACUAUACACACAGGGUAUUGAACUAGAACCGGGAACAUUCGAUCAAGGCUUAGAUGAGGAUGAAUCGAGUUCCGAUGCAACAUCAACAAGUACUUCAAAGAAGUUAGCGGCCGGAAGAAAAACUUUUCUUAAGAAGCCAGUAAAUAAUGCACCUCAUGGUGAAGUACCCGAACUUCUCCAUCUGGAUAGUGAAACAAACAAUAGUGAACAAGAAAAGAAAAAAUCUAAGCAUAGGAAAAACUCAAGAACACCUUCAGUACAUGAUACCGAAGAUGAUUCAUCAAUCGAUUUUCUCGGCGAUGGUUCAUCAAGUGAAGGUCGAAAGACGCCAACCUUAACGCCAAGAAAAGGCAUUCUUAAAUCUCCAAAAGAUUAUCCGAAAGAAAAUGAACAUUUUGUACAAUUUUCCAAGAAAUUGGUUACUGUUCAAAGUGAUGAUGAACGCGCGCCUACACCAACAAGAACUUCUCGUUCGACAACUCCACGACGUGUACAAAUAGCAAAGCCACCGUCACCCAUUGAUGAUGCCAUACCUUCUGAAACAGAAUCUAUCUCAACCGCUAUUGACAUUGCAAACGAAAAUGAUUAUAGCAUCCCAUUUAGUGAUCAUGUUAGCGAAUCGGUAGCCGACAAUAUGUUUGCAAACUUAGUGAUGAAUGAUGAACCUUUGAUAACACCUGCUGUGGCGACCAAAUCACCACGACGUACAUCUCCCAUGGGUGCAACAAAAAAGCCGUCGACAACACCAGUUAAACAUCAUCCUUCACAUCGCACUCUAUCGGAUGUCAGUGAUGAAGACAAUACCAGAACGGACGAUAUUCCCGAGGAAAUCGGUGCGGAUAUUUAUUCAGAAGAUUUCUCUUCGGCCAUACAUACAGAAACUUCAACGCCGCGAGCACCGACUCCAACAAAAGUUCGCAUAGAAAAGCCGACACAAUCUGAUCCGAACAAAUCGACACGAAAAGCAACCACCGAAAAUCAAGAAGUACAAGUUGAUUUGACCUCUGCCCCAUUUCAAUCGUCUCUAAAUCAAGUUCAUUCCAUCUAUCUAAUUAAUCAGAAUGACCUUAAUGAAGCUCGUCCUUCAACACUGAUUCGUUCUGUUAUUGAACCAAAUGUUCUUCAAUCUCUUCUCACGACAAAUCCUGUCCUACUAGCUGUGGAUGAUUUAAUUCGAGAACAGAGUUCACUUUUACGAUCAUUCAUUCAAUUGCAACGAACAUAUUAUGAAUCCACUGUACGAAGCAUACGUCCAGAACAUGUUUACGUAACUAAAGAUAACUCACUUCGAUACAUUGCUGAACAGCAACAAUCUCGAAUGUAUCUCCAAUCGAAUGACGAUUCAAUGACCAAUUAA